AUGGAUCCCAACGCAACGGACCUUGAGACAGCGGAUCUUGUUUUACAAAUUUCCCUACAGGAGGUCGAAGAGGCUUUGAUAUCACUGGAUCGAGAUACAAAUGACGGAGUAGCGCAAGUUCGUGAUGAGAAACUUGCUCUUUUACACUGGCGAGCUGAGCUUCGAGGACAAAUGAGGACCCAGCAAGACCUUCGAGCAUCCCUACAGAUGUCGAGGGAAUCAUGUCUCGACCAGGCUGCCAUUUUUCGAGAUAUCCAUGAUCUCGAGGUGAAAGAAGUACCUGCAGCUCAUGUACAACCUGCCGGCCGUGCACCUAUUCAACCACAAGCGCCUGGCAAACCCCAGGCCACCCGCCAACAACAAGGCGCUGGUCAAUCGCAAAUCCCUGGCAAACCGCAAGAACCUCAACUGCAAGAACCUCGUGGCACAUUGGGCUUGAUUCUCAACCCAGAUGUUCAGACUCAAGCCCGCAAGCGAGUGUAUGGUGAGACUAUUGCGACGGUGCCUCCUUCUGGUGUCUUGCGGGAGUGCGUUGCCUGCUCAGAAAGCUAUCCCGAGUCCGGCAUUAUUCGGAACAGUUGCUCGCAUGUUUACUGCCAAGGAUGUGUCACCAACCUCCUGCAAAAUUCACUAGCCGAUGAAACCCUGUUUCCACCUCGCUGUUGCCGGCUACCUUUACCAUUAGAAGAUGCGCGGGGUAUCAUCGAUGCUGACCUGUGGCCGAGAUUUGAGGAAAAGAAGAUUGAGCAUAGAGAUAAGCAUCGUACUUAUUGCUCAGAUCCGGCCUGUUCUCGGUAUAUUCUCCCAUCACAUGUCCGUGGUACAAUCGGAACUUGCAGAGUAUGCAAUCGACAAACGUGCACCCUCUGCAAGAAGAUCACUCACCAGGGAGAAUGUGUUGAUGACCGCAUAGAGGUCCUAAAACUCGGAAAAGCGACAGGAUUGCAAAGAUGCUUGAAUUGCAGUCAUCUUGUUGAGCUUCGUAGCGGCUGCAACCAUAUCACAUGCCGUUGCCGACAUGAAUUUUGUUACGUUUGCUCUACACCAUGGAAGCAGUGCGAAUGCCCCCAUUGGGAUGAGGCCAUGCUUCAAGAACGAGCAGAGAUGAUUGCGGCCCGGAACCAGCCCGCUCCUCCUGCACCACAGGUUGUUGAGCAAGCAGCUCAAUUCCUAGUUGAGCAGCAUGAUUGUUAUCAUGAUGGAGCGUGGAAAAAGCUCGGGAUCUCUGCCGACUGCGAGGAAUGCGGCGACUUCAUGCCCGAUUACAUUUUCGAGUGCAGGCAUUGUGGAAUCAAGGCCUGCAAUUCCUGUCGGAUACAUUAG